UGAAUUAUAUGGUUCCCAUCUCUAAAAGCAAACAACCAUUCUUUCUCUUCCUUUUAUUUUCAUUUUACCAUUUCAGCCCAUAACUUUUUUCUCUUCACUGUAAUCGCAAAUCUGAGCUGAAUUGCAGUUCAAGUUUGAUCUUUCACGGUGGUUUUUUUCUUUCUUCCUGUGAUUUUCAGUUGGGGACUUUGUGGCUUCUUCAAUCUUCAAGUCAAUCUCCGGUUCCAAGUGAAUUGAAUUCAGUCGCUCACCGCCCGGAUUUCGUUUUUCCGAUCUUAUUUCUACUUCCGAGUUGGGUUCUUAGUUCUUGUGGACAAUGGCGAAGCGUGGAUAUAAACUACAGGAAUUUGCGGCACACUCAGGGAAUGUCAACUGUCUAAGUAUUGGGAAGAAAGCUUGCCGACUGUUUAUAACUGGUGGAGAUGAUUAUAAAGUCAACCUUUGGGCUAUUGGAAAACCUAAUUCUUUGAUGAGUCUUUGUGGUCAUACUAAUCCAGUUGAAUCAGUAGCUUUUGAUUCAGCCGAAAUUUUGGUGCUUGCUGGAGCCUCAUCUGGUGCAAUAAAGUUGUGGGAUCUUGAAGAGGCUAAAAUGGUUCGCACUCUUUCUGGUCACAGAUCAAACUGCACGGCAGUUGAGUUUCAUCCAUUUGGCGAGUUCUUUGCAUCAGGUUCUAGAGACACUAAUCUAAAAAUCUGGGAUAUCAGAAAGAAAGGUUGCAUUCACACAUACAAGGGGCACACUCAAGGCAUUAGUACUAUCAAGUUCACACCAGAUGGUCGCUGGGUAGUCUCUGGUGGAUUUGAUAGUGCUGUGAAGGUAUGGGAUUUAACUGCUGGAAAGCUGAUGCAUGAUUUCAAGUUCCAUGAAGGACCUAUUCGAUCCAUUGAUUUUCAUCCACUUGAGUUUCUCCUCGCGACAGGGUCGGCGGACAAAACUGUAAAAUUCUGGGAUUUGGAAACCUUUGAACUGAUUGGAUCUACAAGACCUGAGGCUGCUGGAGUACGUGCAAUCACCUUCCAUCCAGAUGGGAGGACCCUGUUUUCUGGUCUGGAUGAAAGUUUGAAGGUAUAUUCAUGGGAGCCUGUCAUUUGUCAUGAUUCUGUUGACAUGGGAUGGUCAACACUUGGUGAUCUUUGCAUUCAUGAGGGGAAACUUUUGAGUUGCUCAUCUUAUCGAAAUUCUGUUGGAGUUUGGGUAGCUGAUGUAGCGCUUAUUGAGCCUUAUGGAGCUAGUUCAGUAUCUGGGCAAAAGGAGCCAAAAGAUUCCAAUUCUGCCUUCAAGAACAGUCUAGCUUCAAAAAGCACUGGAGGUGGUUUGAUGACUUCAAACCUACAAUCUCUGUCUCCUGAUUACGAAACAAAGGAGAUAAAGAAUAUAUACAUAGACACAACUGGUGGAAAGCCUGUUGCACCACAGAAGGCAGAAUCUUUAAGCUCCCCAAAAAUUCUGUUUUCAUUGGAUUCAAAGGAGAUUAGCUAUGAUGCAAGCAAAAAGCAAAGUCCUGCAUCGAGAGUAGAAAUGAAAUCUAAUGAAGUAUCGAAAGACAAACCCCCAGUUGUACCUUGUGAUAGUCCUGAGGUUAAGGACUCACCCAGCUCUGUAAGGGAAUCUAUCACAUUUUCCAAGACAAGGCGUGGAAUGUUGCUCAGGCCAGCUCAUAUAAGAAAGCCAUCCAAUAGUAAAAUGGACUUUGAAAAAUUGUCAGUGUCAGUUGAUUCAAGUAGAAAAACUGAUCUUGAGAGACUACCAGUUGUAGAUUCUGCAAACAUCUGUCAUAUCACCAAUGAUUUGAAUAAUGCUCCAGAACCAAACUUGAAAACAAGUGCUGUAUCUGAAGAAAUACAUAUAGAUUCUCAUAGAACAAAUUCUGAUAUCAUUAGUAUCGAGAAGUUCGAAAAAAUUCCCCCUACGUCCGCUGAGACAACUUCAGAACAAGAUUGCUGCAACAAAUCAGUUGAGAAUACCAAAGGGGCAAACUCUGUUAAAUUUGUAAAUGGAGUUGCAGUUGUUCCUGGAAGGACGCGGACUCUCGUUGAGAGGUUUGAAAGGAGAGAGAAAACUCAUGAUGUACAGACAACAGUUUCACCAUCUUAUGUCCUUGAACCAGAGAGGUUUGAAAAGAGAGAAAAAACUAAUGAUGUACAGACAACAAUUUCACCAUCGUAUGUCCUUGAACCAGAGAGGUUUGAAAAGAGAGAAAAAACUAAUGAUGUACCGACAACAAUUUCACCAUCGUAUGUCCUUGAACCAGAGAGGUUUGAAAAGAGAGAAAAAACUAAUGAUGUACCGACAACAAUUUCACCAUCUUACGUCCUUGAACCAGAGAAGACAAAAGAACAAACUAAUAGCUUUGAAAUACAGGUGGCCACACCUCAGAUCCUUGAAACUGAGAAGACACGUAAACAAACUAAUGACUAUAGAAUGCAGGCGGUUACUAUACCUUCUCAUGUCUCUGAAACUGAGAAGACACGUGAACGAACUAAUAAAUAUGAAGUACAGGCAGUGGCUAUUCCUUCCCACGUCUCUGAAACUGAAAAGGCAAGAGAACAAACUAACAACUAUGAAGUACGAGUAAUGGUUAGUCCUCGUACCCCUGAAACUAAGAGGAUGGCUUCUAACUGUGAAGCAAAACCAAGAAAUAACUAUGAAGUAAAAACAAGAAAUAACUAUGAAGCAAAAUCAACUAUUAGACCUUCUCUUGUCCCUGAAACAGAUCGAAGUGACAAUUUACAGAAAGGAGAGCCUCAAAUUUCUGGAAGAGAUUCUACCUCUGCAAAUGACAGGGAUGUCAUUGAAGACAUAAUGCAAUCUCAUGAUGUAUUCUUAAGUACCCUCCGAUCCCGCUUGACAAAAUUGCAGGUGGUGCGACACUUUUGGGAGCGGAAUGACAUGAAAGGUGCCAUUAAUGCCAUGACAAAACUUCCAGAUCAUUCGGUGCAAGCAGAUGUGAUCAGCGUUCUCAUUGAGAAGAUGGAUGUCUUGACUCUGGAUUUAUUCUCGUGCCUACUCCCUGUACUUGUGGGUUUAUUGGAUAGCAAGAUAGAAAGGCAUGCCAGUUUGUCAAUGGAGAUUCUAUUGAAGCUUGUAGCAGUUUUUGGUCAUGUUAUAAGCUCAGCAGUAUCAGCACCUCCAGUAGUUGGCGUUGACCUUCAUGCAGAGCAGAGGGUACAAUGCUGCAAGCAAUGCUUUACCCAACUGCAGAAGAUUCAAAAAAUCAUUCCAUCAUUUGUAAGGAGAGGUGGUUCACUAGCGAGAAGUGCUCAGGAAUUGAAUCUAGUACUUCAACAAUGUUAAGUUUGGUUCACUAUGCCACAGAUAAGUAGGUAGGCUGACACCCCUAAUAGAAAGAAUGGGGAGAUGCAACACCUUUUCAAGUUGAAGCCACAAGUCAUCCCACAGUUUAGAGUGGGUGCUUGCUUCCAGUUCCAGUUUCGUCAGUUGUAAAGUGAUAUGUUGAGAUUCAUGGAGGGGAAUCAGAAGGGUUAUCGACAUAAAACCUUAGAGGACGAAUGCGAAAUCGGCAUGUCGGAGUCUUUAGACGGAGCAUAGGAAGCCCUCCUCAUUUUGAUUCUUCAUAUUCCGGGUAUUGUCUGUAUCCUCUGAUCAACAAUUUGUAAUUAUGUGCCAAUUCAUACUAUACAUGUAAUGCGUGGAGACAUUCAAUGCAAAUAUAUGAGUAGAGUGAAAUCCGUUUGUUUCUAUUUGAUAGAAUCUAAUGUUGCUGAUAGGCCUUUCUGUGUAAGUAAAAGUUCCAUUUACAUGUUCACGUUUAAAAAUAACCACCAUUAUGGUUGUAGCAUUAUUAGUGGCACAAA